AUGCAAAAUCUGCGGCAUUUUCCUGUCAUAGCAUUAUCUCUAACUUUCUUUUCAAUUCUGGCCUUUUCAUUCAGCCAAAACCAGCAAUACAAUGAAGAAAAGAACUUUGAAGGGUCAUCUGAUCUUGUGAAUCUUGAAUACCAUAUGGGGCCAGUUCUUGCUUCUUCUAUCAACCUUUACAUAAUAUGGUAUGGCAGGUGGAACGCUAAACAUCAAUCUACCAUAAGGGAUUUCGUCUACUCCUUUUCUUCUCCGGCUCAAUAUCCAUCCGUGGCUGAUUGGUGGCGCACGGUAAGGCUGUAUACUGAUCAAACAGGCUCAAAUAUCACCAAUAACAUCAAUCUCUCUGGUGAAUUUUAUGACUUUAAGUACUCUCAUGGUAGGUAUCUUAGUCGAUUAUCGAUGCAAUCUGUUAUUAAAAAUGCGGUUACAGCCUCUCCAGGAACAUUACCUCUCAAUUAUCAUAAUGGAGUGUAUUUGAUACUGACGUCUGAUGAUGUACAAGUUCAAGAUUUUUGUAGGGCAGUUUGUGGUUUCCAUUAUUUCACAUUCCCAUCUAUUGUUGGGGUGACUGUGCCUUAUGCAUGGAUUGGCCAUAGUGGUAUUCAAUGCCCCGGCAUGUGUGCCUAUCCCUUCGCAUGGCCAGCAUACUCAGGGAGGCCACCGCCACGCACUAAUGGGGGCAACAAUAUAAUGAGUGCGCCCAAUGGUGAUGUGGGCACAGAUGGAAUGAUCAGUGUGAUCGCACAUGAAUUGGCAGAAGUAUCGAGCAAUCCGCUCGUUAAUGCGUGGUAUGCCGGGGACAACCCAAUUGCUCCUACUGAAAUAGCUGAUUUGUGUUUAGGUGUGUAUGGGACUGGUGGAGGUGGAGGUUAUGUGGGAGUUGUGUACAAGGACUCUUGGGGGAAUGGGUAUAAUUUGAAUGGUGUGAAGAGAAGAAAGUUCAUGGUGCAAUGGGUGUGGAACCCUGUAAAAAGGAGAUGCUUUGGUCCCAAUGCCUUGGAUUAG